GCCGAGGCGCAGGGCGCGACAACCACGUAAGGGACCGGCCCGAGCCUCCCUCCCCAGGCACCUGCGCAUCCCCCGGCCGAAACUUCCCUCUCCCGCACGGUCCGGGCUUCUCCGGGGUGGGGGGGCUUGGCAGCGACAGCCGCAUGCAUGACACUCCGCAAAGGAGAGAAAAUGACCAUAAGCAUCCAGGAGCACAUGGCCAUUGACGUCUGCCCCGGCCCCAUCAAGCCCAUCAAGCAGAUCUCCGACUAUUUCCCCCGCUUCCCCCGCGGGCUCCCCGCCGACGUCGCCCCCCCCCCCCCCCCCCCCCCCCCCCCCCCCCAGCCCUCGGCCAGCCCGGGCCAGGCGCCCCGGGACGAGGAGGAGGAUGUGGACCAGCUCUUCGGAGCGCACGGAGCGACGCCCGCAGAGCAGCCGGCCAAGAGCCCAGCGCCCGAGGAGCUGGUGGACCCCGAGGGCUACGAGUCCGACGAUUGCACCGCGCUGGGGACGCUGGAUUUCAGUUUGCUCUACGAUCAGGAGAACAACGCUCUCCACUGCACCAUCAACAAGGCCAAGGGCCUGAAGCCAAUGGACCACAAUGGUUUGGCUGAUCCCUAUGUCAAGCUGCACUUGCUCCCUGGAGCCAGCAAGGCCAACAAGCUGAGAACCAAAACGCUGCGGAACACCCUGAACCCCACCUGGAACGAGACCCUGACCUACUACGGCAUCACCGACGAGGACAUGAUCCGCAAGACGCUGCGGAUCUCGGUGUGUGACGAGGACAAGUUCCGCCACAACGAGUUCAUCGGGGAGACGCGCAUCCCGCUCAAGAAACUGAAACCCAACCAGACCAAAAACUUCAACAUCUGCCUGGAGAAGCAGCUGCCGGUAGAUAAAACAGAGGACAAGUCUCUGGAGGAGCGGGGCAGGAUCCUCAUCUCGCUCAAGUACAGCUCUCAGAAGCAGGGGCUGCAGGUGGGGAUCCUGCGCUGCGCACACCUGGCGGCCAUGGACGCCAACGGCUACUCCGACCCCUACGUCAAAAUAUACUUGAAGCCAGAUGAGGACAAGAAGUCCAAGCACAAGACGGCGGUGAAGAAGAAAACGCUGAACCCCGAGUUCAAUGAGGAGUUUUUCUAUGAGAUAAAGCACGGAGACCUGGCAAAGAAGACCUUGGAAGUCACAGUGUGGGACUAUGAUAUUGGGAAAUCCAACGACUUCAUAGGCGGAGUCGUGUUAGGAAUUAACGCCAAAGGGGAGAGGCUCAAGCACUGGUUCGACUGCCUGAAAAACAAGGACAAGAAAAUCGAGCGCUGGCACACGCUGACCAACGAGCUGCCGGGCGCCGUGCUCAGCGACUGAGGGUCACAGCCCCACGGCCUUUGGGCUCCUGCCAGCUGUGGAGACGGGGGAUGCCAGGCCAGCCAGGACAGCAGGACACCCCCAGCAGGGCCUGGCUGCAGGGAAGCCUUUCCCAGGGAAGAAGGCACAGGUGGUUUUGCUCUGGCGGCUUUUUCCGGAACGCCCCUUUGCGCUCCCAGCCCCACUCUCGAGCAUGCACGUGCACACUCACACUCACACUCACACUCAGGUGUGCACCCCUGCAUGCACUGCAGUCUGCCUCCUCUCCCAGAUCCUGGCUGUACUCAGUUACCUUCUUGCUGCCUUGCAAGUCAGUGGGAAAAAAAAAAAAAAAAAAAAAAAAAAAAAAAAAAAAAAAAAAAAAGAAUGCGUCCGUCCGCGUCCGUGUGUCCGGCAUCGGCAAAAGGCGUCCUGAAAACACCAAACUGGAACUGCCUCCUGGAGGCAGCUUGUGCCAUAUCUCCGGUGGUUUGUCAGUCUCUGUGGUUUGGGCCUAAGCAUUUAAACAUUUAGAGCUCCUCUGUUGGAAUGAUUGUGUCCCUGGUGAACCUGGAAAGAGUGUUUGCUUUCCUUCCAGGAGUGUUGUGCUCGUCCUCUCCAGUCCCUCCCGUGGAGGCAGCAGAGCUGUGCACGCCACAGCUUUUCCUCCUGGCAUCAGCUUCACGUUUUGGGAGGCAAAAAUGCAGAGCUGCCUGGAACAGCCUGGCUGUUCCUGCUCCCCAGGAGCUGCUUUCCUAAUGAAACCACUCCAUGCAGCAGCACGGCUGUUUCUCCAGCAAAGCCAGCUUUCAGGCUGAAUUUUUCUGUCAUUUUUUCCCUUUUUCAUCCCUUUCCAGCUCAUCCAUUAAAUAAUGAGGAUGCUGAGCCUCGGAGCUGAGCUGGAGUUGUGUUUGUAGCUCGCCGUGGCCGUGAGGUUGAUUCAUUUUCUGCCUCAGACAGCGUCCAAACCAAAUAAAUUUCUGUCUAUGGCACUGUAAUAUUAAUAUGGCACAGUAAUAAUAUAUUUAUAUUAUAAUAAUCUCAGAUAUCAUCCUCUGUGAUCCACCUUGGCUGAUCUCUCCGUCAGACACCCAGUGGGAUGAGCUAAACCUUUCUAGGAAAUGCUGCACCAUUCCCUGAAUUUUUUGAAGCCUUUAAAUAAAGAUUUCUUAGGAAAAGCUGCUCCUUCCCCACGAGUCUCAGUUACCCUCAGCUCCCAAGCCCUGUA